AUGGCCUUGGGGCCGGAGGGACUACACAGCAGGGACUUCACUGAGCUGAUGGUAGCUGCAGUUGACGUCCCUGCUCUACCAGGAAAGUGGAAAGGGAGUCCAUCUGGACACCAAUUGGAAGAGACCGUCUUGUCACGCCUUGAUGCGAGUCAAGAAUGGGGAAGGUCUGCUGAAAUUGGUUGGGGUUUGGACAAGGCCAAGACCAGCGCCUUUGGCAACAUGUCGCUGUACAUCGAGGCCUUCAUGGCCAAGCGCAACUAUCUGGAUGACAAAAUCGAUGACUACUGCAAUCAAGGGGCCGUAGUCCGCCUCGUUUACAAAACCUAUGGCUACUACAACCAACUUCUUGGUAAGCUGAGGGAACUGCACUACAAGCAUUUCCAACGGUGGGAAGGAAGUCCCGCUGCGGCUCUCCUGGAUCACCAUUCAGAAAAGCUCCUCUUCAUUCGGUGUAACAGUGUCAACAGGACAGCACAUCUUCUACGCUCCUACACCUACCUACGGGACGCUGCAGCGGACGGAUUCAGUGCCAACGAAGUGAUUGAGAGCUUGUGGGAACGAGUAUCAGAGAUCCACCAGGAAAUAGAGUCUACCGACACCAAUGACGGCUCGCAAAGCGGCGGGGGGAAAUCACGCACCACCACUACGAACGAUUGGGAACGAUCCUGUCCCAAAUGUGGCAGCAAGAAACUACACAAUAUCUUGCAGAAAGGUCACACGGCUUCAGCUUGUCCCUUAUCAGAGCAUUCUACUUCGAAAGCUCACAAGAUGCGGACGAAGAUCCUCCGUGUCCACACCAAAGACAAGUCCAAAGAUGUCAAUCAAAUCAUCAAGGACGUCUCUGAGACGUGGGACACCCCCCAAGAAGGGGAAGAUUAA